AUAUGCCAGUUUCUUCCUAGUCUCCCCACAGUGCUGGCCUCUACCUCCAUCUCAGCUACACAUGUCCAGCCUCCAGGCGCUGUGCUCUGGCCUGCCCCUGCGGCCCCUCCCAGAGAACCGGGGACGCCAGGCUGGGGUGCCCCAUGCCCCAGUCAGGACCCCCGGCCUCAGCCUUGCGGAGAAACAGCUGGCGCUGAGGAAUGCCCUGCGCUACUUCCCCGCGGAUGUCCAGGAGCUGCUGGCCCCAGAGUUUGCCCAGGAGCUGCAACUGUACGGGCACAUCUACAUGUACCGGUUUUGCCCCGACAUUGAAAUGAGGGCCUACCCGGUUGAGCAGUACCCCUGCCAGACAAAAGCGGCCGCCGCCAUCAUGCAUAUGAUCAUGAACAACCUGGAUCCCGCCGUGGCCCAGUUUCCCCAGGAGCUGGUGACCUACGGAGGAAAUGGGCAGGUGUUCAGCAACUGGGCUCAGUUCUGGCUGACCAUGUUCUACUUGUCGAAGAUGACAGAGGAGCAGACUUUGGUCAUGUACAGCGGGCACCCGCUCGGCCUCUUCCCCAGCAGCUGCAGCGCCCCCCGGCUCGUCAUCACCAAUGGGAUGGUCAUUCCCAACUACUCCUCCCGGAUGGAGUAUGAGAAGCUCUUUGCCUUGGGGGUUACAAUGUACGGCCAGAUGACAGCAGGUAGCUACUGCUACAUCGGUCCCCAGGGAAUCGUCCACGGCACUGUGCUCACCGUGUUGAAUGCUGCGCGUCGGUACCUGGGCAUCGAGGACUUGGCUGGGAAGGUCUUUGUCACCUCUGGGCUCGGUGGAAUGAGUGGGGCUCAGGCCAAGGCUGCGGUCAUCGUGGGGUGCAUCGGUGUGAUAGCAGAGGUGGAUAAAGCAGCCCUUGAGAAACGCCACAAGCAGGGCUGGCUGAUGGAAGUGACUGACAGCUUGGACCGCUGCAUCCAGAGGCUCAGGGUCCUUCAACUGGGAUUGCAACAAGCCCCGGGUUGGGCGGGCCUCCCUGCUGCCCUGGGACUGUGUGUCCUUUCCUACCUUGUCGACCUUGCACCCCUGGGGGAGGGGAGGUGCCCGGCUCCCUCGGGCUUCUCCAGGCCACUCCCGGUGCGGGGGGCACCUGUUCUGCUCUUGUGUCCUUCCAGGGAAGCGAGGAAAAGAAAGGAGGUGCUCAGCCUUGGUUACCAUGGCAACGUGGUGGCGCUUUGGGAGCGCCUGGUCCACGAAUUGGACACGACGGGGGAGUGCUUGGUGGACCUGGGGUCAGAUCAGACAUCCUGCCACAACCCGUUCAAUGGCGGCUACUACCCCGUGCAGCUCAGCUUCACGGAGGCCCAGAGCCUCAUGGCCUCCAACCCUGCUGUGUUCAAGGACCUGGUCCAGGAAAGCCUGAGGAGGCAAGUCUCAGCCAUCAACAGGUUGGCCAAGGAGAAGUUCUUCUUCUGGGACUAUGGCAACGCCUUCCUCUUGGAGGCCCAGAGAGCAGGAGCGGAUGUGGAGAAGAAAGGUGCUGGCAGGACAGAGUUCCGCUACCCUUCCUACGUGCAGCACAUCAUGGGGGACAUAUUCUCCCAGGGAUUUGGACCUUUCCGCUGGGUCUGCACAUCAGGGGACCCCCAGGACCUGGCAGUCACCGACGAACUGGCCACAUCUGUGCUGGAGGAAGCCAUCGCUAAUGGAGUGAAGGCGUCUGUGAAGCUGCAAUACAUGGACAACAUCCGCUGGAUCCGGGAGGCCGCCAGGCACCAGCUGGUGGUGGGCUCCCAGGCAAGGAUCCUGUACUCAGACCAGAAGGGCCGUGUGGCCAUCGCUGUAGCCAUUAACCAGGCCAUCGCCUGCAGGAGGAUCAAGGCGCCGGUGGUCCUGAGCCGAGACCACCAUGACGUGAGUGGCACUGACAGCCCCUUUAGGGAGACCUCCAACAUUUACGAUGGUUCUGCCUUCUGUGCAGACAUGGCUGUGCAGAACUUCGUGGGAGACGCCUGUCGCGGAGCCACCUGGGUUGCCCUUCACAACGGAGGGGGCGUGGGCUGGGGUGAGGUGAUCAAUGGGGGAUUCGGCCUGGUGCUGGACGGUACCCCAGAGGCCGAGCAGAGAGCCAGGCUGAUGCUCAGCUGGGACGUCUCUAAUGGUGUGGCCCGGCGUUGCUGGUCAGGGAACCAGAAGGCCUAUGAGAUCAUCUGCCAGACCAUGCAGGAGAACAGCAGCUUGGUGGUGACACUGCCCCACGAGGUGGAGGAUGAGCGGGUGCUCCAGCAGGCCCUGCAGCUCUGAGGGAGCCACGAGUCGCGGCCCCUGCCUCUCUUUCUCGCUGGCAAUCCUCACCUGCCCAACCAUGGCACACACCCUUCCUGCACACCCGCACCACCUGCACUUCUCGCACAUCCUCACGUGGCCUUUAUGGUGCCCUGCGCAGGGUGCCACCACAGCCUCAUUUUACAGACAGCCCGCCGAGGCCCAGAGACGUGCAGCCCUCUGUCCACGACCAUGCCACUUGCCUGGGGGCCCUGAAGGCUGUCAAAGUCCAUUUAGGGCUGAGUCCCAAGCCUGCCUAGGGGCCCUGCGGUGAACACUGGCCAAGCUAUCUCCGGCUGGGAUGAUCACACCCUCUGCUUCCUGGCCACCUGCCAGCCUCCAUGCAACUCUGUCUGUCUGCUGCCCAUCUGCUGUCUGUGCAAACACUUUCUGGACACUUGGCACGCUGGGCUGCUGGCCUGGAGGAGUUCAGGAAGGAGGAUAGACGGGGAAAUAAAGGGUUUAACAGA